AUGUAUAGGUUGGAGGAGGCCCAGGAGGUGGUGAGCCUGCUCAACGACGGCAGUGAUUCCUGGGAAAAACUGGUGCAGAACCUGAACAGGGCACGUGACGAGGCGCGGGAGGCUGCAGCAGACCGCCUGGACGCCUGGAGCCGUAGCGCCCAGCAGAUCGCCACCAAGACGAGCCUUCAGGAGGACGAACCUGCCCUGGUUCUGGGUGCGGGAGGGCGGCCCCGGGUCAGCCUGAGCCCGCGGCUGGCGUCCAUCGCUGCCGAAGCGAGGCAGCUGCGCGCCCUGGGCUGUCGGCUGCCUCCGGGACCUUUGCGCCAGCUCGAGGAAACUGCGGCCCGCCUCGGCCACCGGGCUCGGCACCUGCAGCAGGUUGCGUCAUUCUACAGCACCGUAGCUGACCAGAUGAUUCCGAGCCAACGGCCGCUCAUGCUGGGGCUCGCCGAAGAGUUGACCGCCGCUCUGAGACAGCGGGUACCCUGGGGAGACGUUGUAGCGCUGGAUGCCUUUGUUGGACGAUUGCGCGCCCUGGCCGCUCGGCUGGCCGGCCGCAACCGUCACCUGCGUGCCGUGCAUCUGGCUCUGUGCCGGAAGGUUAUGUCCUUGUUCGACCUCGACCUUGUGUGCCGGCAACAGAACUGGAAGGAUGUGCUCAAUGACAUCAGAGCUACCAUGGCCCAGCAGCAGGAAAGCCCCGAGCAAGUGCGCCCUUGGCGAGCCCACUGGGACCGGCAGCUGUACAAGGCCCUCGAGUGCCAGUACUUGCGCGGCCUUGAGACGCUGUUGCAGUACCUGCCCGAAACGCGCAUCGAACUCACCUGCAGGAGCGGGCAGCUGUGCUUCCGUCCACCGCUGGAGGAAGUGCGCUCACGCUACUACCAGCAGGUCAAGCGAUUCCUGGCCCUGCCACUGCACUUUCGUGGCGUCAGUGACGACCUUGCCGUGGACCAGAGCCUCGUGUUCUCGGUCAUCGUCGACCGGAACGCGCACCAGUUCGUAGACCUGUACAGACGCACGCAGCGGCUCUUCGCCUCCGUCCAGGCCUCCGCCGGUCGUUUCCAGGAAUGGGUGGCCCUGAGCUCACUGGACCUGCAGACUUUCGCUGAGGGGCUGUCCCCGGAGGAAUGGAAGAACAGCUUUCGUACCGUCAAGGCCAAGUGCCAGGAGUUCGGAAAAGCGUUCCCGGACGAGGAACGCUUCGAGUGCCUGGUGGUGAGCUACGCGCCCGUGCGGUCGCACGUGGACUUCGCUCUCUCCGAGCUCGAGUCGGGACUGGUGCGUGAACUGCGCGCCUCGGUCGCACGCGACGCGGCCGCCGUGCGCUCUUACCUGGAGACGUCCCUGGAAGCGCUUGCCGGAAGCGCCCAGACGGCCGAGGAACUGGCGCAGCUGGGCGCGGCUUUCGGCCGCACCGUGUCCGGCCGCGACCAGGCGGCGACCACGCACGCCGCCGCUCGCGACAAGCAGCAGUUGUUGGCCCGCUGGUCCCGCCGCCCGCCACCCGCCGACAUGGACGGACUUCAGCAGUUGUGGGACACCCUGGACGGGAGAUUGCACCAGCACAGGGACGUCGUCGCGCAUCAGAUGGAAGUGCUGAAGGCGAAUGCGUCGGCCCGCUUGGAGAACUUCGAGCAGCUGCGGGAGCGCUUCCUCGCCCGCUGGGAACAGGCCCGUCCCCGGCUGGGCGACGAGGCGGCCAACCUUCUGGGCGAGCUGCGGGCCGAGAUGGAUGCGCUGCUGGACACGCGCCGUCGGCUGGCGUCAGAAGCGGAGCAGCUGGGCCUGUCAGCACCCGGCGAUCUGGCGACGGCAGAGCAGGAACUUCAGGACGCCGAGGCGGCCUGGGCACUACGCGAACAGUUCCGAAAGGAGCUGCAGGAACUCAGCCAACAGCAGUGGAUCCUCAUGAGGCACGUCGGCAGAACAGCUAUGGGGCAGGAAUCUAGAUUACUGGAACCUAAAGCAAACGUUCUAACAGCUAAGGGGCAGCUUCAUCAGUUGGAGAGCUUCUUAGCAGAGUGGGCUCAACGGGCUAAGGAUCCUGCAACACCACCGGCCGUUGCAGCAUCGCUCUACAAGGAAAUCGACGCACACAAGGCAGCGAUGGCCGUGCUGCCGCUGUGCCGCGGGGAUGCCUUCUCAGCACAACACUGGGCCGAGCUGUUCCAGUUGGCUGAGGCGACUGGCCGGCCACUGGAAGAACUGCGCCUAUCGCACUUGCUCGCCAUCGCGCCCAAGCUGGCCGCCAAGAAAGCGCAGCUCCAGGACUUGAACAGCAGAGCCCGCUCGGAGGCGAACAUAAGAGCCAUCCUGAGCGAGCUUGACGUGUGGGGAAGCACGGCACGGUUUUCCCUGGUGGACCACACCGAUUCCGCGGGCAACCAUGUGAUGAUCGUGCAAGAGUGGGCGCAAGUGCUGGGAAAGGUCGGCGAGCUGCAGCUUCUGGUGCACUCCCUGGCCGAAGCGUGCCGUGGUGGGGGAUCCAGCGCCGGCCUGGCGGACGGUGCUGCCCUGUGGGAGGAGCGGCUGGCGCGCCUGGAGCCCGCGCUGCGUGGCCUUCAGCGCGUGCAGCAGCAGUGGCUGCAGCUGGAGCCGCUCCUGGGUCCUCCACGCUCCCUGCUGCCCGACCAGGCGUCCCGAUUCGAGGCCGCCAGCCGGCAGUUGAGGACCCUUAUGGCGGCCGUGGCCCGGGACGAGAGAAUCGUGCUCGUGGGCAGUACGGCCGAGACGCAGGCCCUGGACACCCUGGCCGACCAGCUGGGCCGGUGCCAGAGGGCGCUGCACCAGCACAUGGAGGACAAGCGUAGCCGCUUCCCUCGAUUUUACUUUCUGGGCGACGAGGACCUGUUGGAGGUGCUGGGCAAUCGCCCAAGCGCCGUGGAACCACACCUGCGCAAGCUGUUCGCUGCCGUCCACCGCGUAGAAUGGGGUGACGACUGCGUCACAGCUGUGCUUUCGCCCGAGGGGGAGAAGCUCGUUCUCAGCCAGCCGGUGAAGUUGACACCGGAACCGGAGGUUUGGCUUGGUGAUCUGAGCCAGGAGAUCCGGUCCACGUUGCAAGCAUUGCUACGGGACAGCAUUGCAAGCCCUGGUCCAGACUCGUCACUCUAUCCAGCACAGCAGGUGGUGUGCCUGGCCGAGUGGAUUCGGUUCACGGAAGCGUGCGAGGCCGCCUUGGAUUCUGGGCGUUUGGCUCAGCUCCAGGACGAGGUACGCUCGCAGCUGUCCCUGCUAGCUGCCGCGGGAGCGGAGAUGGGCUCUCUGCACGCGCUGCUGAUCGACGCCAUUCACCGACUGGCGAUCGUCGAGGAACUCAGUGCCCGCGAUGUGCGCUCGGUCAAGGACUGGCACUGGCAGAAGCAACUCAGGUUCUAUCUGCGCGACGGACGGGCUGUGGUUAAAAUGGUGGACGCCACUUUCGACUACACGUAUGAGUACCAGGGAAGCGCUCCCCGACUUGUGUACACGGCUCUCACCCACAAAUGUUUCGUCAGUCUGACUCAAGGGAUGCGGCUGGGAGUAGGGGGUAACCCUUACGGACCAGCAGGCACCGGGAAAACGGAAUCGGUCAAGGCGUUGGGAAAUGCUCUUGGACGGCAAGUGCUGGUAUUCAACUGCGAUGAGAGCAUGGACGAACGCUCGCUGGGCCGCCUGUUGGUGGGUCUGGCCCGUAGCGGCGCCUGGGGCUGCCUGGACGAGUUCAACCGGCUCGACGAAGGCGUGCUCUCAGCCAUGGCUGCGCUCAUCGGCGACCUGCAGCUGGCGUUGCAUCACGGCAGACCUCACGUCCGCCUGCUUGGCGUGCAGGUGGAGUUGGACCGGAGUGCUGGCGUUUUCAUCACCCUUAACCCGGCGGGCAAGCAAUACGGUGGCCGCCAGCGCCUUCCCGACAGCCUCAAGCAGCUGUUUCGGCCUGUGGCAAUGGCAGAACCGGACAGCGCAGAUAUCGCUCGCGCUCUCCUGCUGGCCGGCGGAUUCGAAGGGUCGCAGCUUCUGGCCGCUCGACUCGUGACAGCUUUCCAACUCGCCAGGGAGUUGCUGGUGCCGCAGCAACACUACGACUGGGGCCUGCGGGCGCUCAAGAGCGUCCUUCUCGCCUGCGGACGAAUGCGGCUCGUUGCCACACUACCCUCUGACACCGGCGGCCGCCAGGCUUGGGAACAGAGCCUCGUGGUGCAGGCGGUGCGGCUCCAGGUGGUGCCCAAGCUGGCGGAGCGCGACUGCGGCCACUUCGAGAGGUUGCUGCGCGACGUCUUCCCUGGAGUCCUGCCGGCGCAAGACGAUGCUGGGGAGGACGAGCUGUCCUCGGCACUUCGGGAGGCGUACGUCCACCUGGGACUCACCUGGGACGAAGCGCAGGUGCGCAAGGUGCUGCAGCUGCGCGAGCAGCUCUCCCAGCGCACCGGCGUGAUGCUCGUGGGGCCUCCCGGUUCGGGCAAGACAAGCGUGUGGCGGCUGCUGCAGCGUGCUCUUCACACGGCCUCCGCGGGACGAAAACCGCCGCCCCGUCUCUGGCUGCUGGGACCAAAGGCUAUGCCCCGGCAGCAGACAUUGAUGCAAGUAGACACACAGACGUUCAUAUUUCGCACGCAGCUGCUGGGCUACGUCCACCCGGACACCAGAGAGUGGUGCGACGGAGUGCUCACGGCCAGCGCUCGCGAGGCCGCCAGGGAACCGCAAGAGAUCUCUUGCUGGAUCGUCUGCGAUGGAGACGUGGACCCGGAGUGGGUGGAAUCCCUCAACUCGGUUCUGGACGACAACCGCUUGCUGACGCUGCCUUCGGGUGAACGCAUCCAGUUCGGGCCCAACGUGCACUUUGUGUUCGAGACGGACAGCCUGGCGGCCGCGUCGCCAGCCACGGUGUCUCGCGUGGGCAUGGUGUUCCUUAGUGCCGAGAACAGUCCGGUCAAGGGAAUGGUUACCUCGUGGCUCCAAGGGCAGUCGCAGGAGGGUGCUGCAGUGGCAGACUUCAUGGAAGAACACUUCUUUCGGGCUCUGCGCUUCACCUUGCAGAUGAAGGACUUCGUUCUUGAGACGUCCGCAACGGCAGUGGUACGGAAUGCUCUGUCGUACCUACGAGGCGUCAAGACCAGGCCUGAGUUUGCGCUGGCGCUGGCUCGAGGGCUGUCCGUCAGCCUGGGUCCAAGUGGAAGGGACAAGGUCGCCAAAGAGAUUUUCUCUUGGAUGAAUGUGUCAGCGCCCGACCCCAGCCGUCCUCUGAAUUGCUACUGGGACAAGGGCGCCGGCAGGCUGGUCAAGUACGACCCACAGUCGUCGCGGGAGAUCAGCCUUUCCGAGCUUCCGGCGACGCCCGUGGUGGAGACGGUGGACGUCUGCAAUGCCGUGGACGUGCUAACUCCGUGGCUGGCGUCACAAGAGCUGGUCAUCAUUGCUGGACCAGACGGCUGCGGCAAAAGUGUGUUGCUGUCUCACUGCCUGGCGCGGUUGCCGGCUCCGUGCGAGGUCCGCUGGCUGUCCUGCACGGCGCAGACCGGCGCCGCCCAGGUGUCGCGCGCCUUGCGCCAGGCCUGCGCCCCGUGCGCGGGCGGCGGGCUGCAGCCUCGGGGCGCCGCCGGCUGGCUGGUGCUGUGCCUGCGCGGUCUGGGCGCGGCGCGCCGCGACCGCUGGGGCUCGUGCCAGCUGGCCGCCUGGCUGCAUCAGGUGCGCACCCACGGCGGGUACCACGACCCCGCCGAGGCCGGGUGUCCGUGGGUGACGCUGCAGCGAGUCCAGCUGGUGGCCACCGUCGCGCUGCCUGCGAGUGCGCUGCCGCCGAGGCUACUGUCGGCAGCGCGCGUCUUCGCCCUCGGGGCUCCGCAGCCACAGGAGCUUGCGCGAAUAUGCGACGCCUAUCUGCGGCCGGUUACUCGGCAUCUGGCAGAAGGCAGCCUGGCCGACGAACACGAGGCCCUGGCCGCUUCUAUGGUGACCCUUGUGCAGCAGGCUCAGUCUCGGCUGCCUGCUGCUGCCGAGAGGUUGACGGCUCGGCUGCUGACCGACUGGGUGCGGGGCCUGGUGCGCUACUCUGCGCCCGACGCGCAAGGCCUGCUGGCUUGCUGGGCACACGAGGGAUGCCGACUUUUCAAGGACUCGCUAGCCGACGACACGGACCGCGCACAGCUGGACGCACUAUUGGCGGGCGUUCUACGCGCCCAUUGGCCCCAACAUUCGUCUGCGAUCCUGCAACGUUCAAACGAAGUCGUCUACGUGUCCACGCCUGGUGACUCAUCGACGAAAACAGCCGCGUGGGGAAGCCAGCUCGAUAAGCUUGAUUUGAAAGAUUGGAAUGACGCCGUUCUCAAGACAGUGAGAGAAUGCGGUGCGUACGCGGUGCCAGUGCACGAAUGGCUGUCGCUAGUGGCCCAAGCGGACUGGGCCCUGGGACGACCAGCCGGCUGGAUCCUGGUCGGUGGUGCCUCUGGAAUGGCCCGACGUCUGGCGGUGCGCCUUGCUGCCCACCGAGCUCGGUUGCCUUGCGUCUCUCCUAGGGGUCGCUCGCUGGCCGUCAGCCGAUCUGACCUACGUCCGCUGGUGCAAUCGGCCGGGCUUGAGGGCCAGAGGGCGGUACUGCUACUUGAGGACCAACAGCUGGACGAGGACUCGCUAGACCUGCUGGCCGCGCUGUGGGCCACGGGCGAGGCUCCCGGACUUUUCCGGCCCGACGAACUUGACCUAGCACCUCUUCUGCAGGAAGAGGAGCCCGAGGCCGACGGGCUCGCACCCUGGGAACAUUUCUGCCGCCGCGUGCGGAGAAACCUUCACGUGGCGCUGGUCCUGGACGCUUCGUUCAUCCAGCGCCAUGCAGAGCGUCACCCCUGGCUGCGCAAGGGCUGCAGCGUGCACUGGCUUUCAUCCUGGAGCCGCGACAGCUUCAAGCAGCUGCCGGCCCUCGUGUUGGACUCUAGCAGCGUGGGCAGCCAGAGUGCGCCCGACGCGGCUCUAUUCCUCCAAUUGCACGAAGCGUGCCUUUCGGGCGGCCUUGCUGUCGGCCCCAGCCACUACUUCACCAUGGUGUGCGCCUUCCGCGAUGUCUUCGCCCAGCAGAGGGCGGACAUGGACGAGUCCAAGAAGCACUUGCAGCUGGGCAUAUCCAAGCUUAACGAGGCCAAGGAGGCUGUCUCGAAGCUCGAGGCAGAGGCGGCUGUUCAGCGAAAGCUUCUGGCGGAAAAGCAAGGCGAAGCUGACGCGGCACUGCAGCAGAUAACCAGCAGCAUGACGAGCACCAGCGAGCAAAAGGCGGAGAUGGAGCAACUGCGAGCCACGAUGCGUCAGGAGAGCGAGCGACUGAAAGAGCGCAAGCAGCACAUCGACCGCGAGCUGGCCCAGAUCGAGCCGCUCGUGCAAAACGCUCAACAGGCUGUCGGGAGCAUCCGAUCCGACGCCCUGUCGGAGAUCCGCUCGCUCCGGGCGCCCCCUGACGUCAUCAGAGACAUACUGGAGGGUGUGCUGCGACUCAUGGGGAUCUUCGACACCUCGUGGGUCAGCAUGAAGAGCUUCCUCGCCAAGAAAGGGGUUAAAGAAGAAAUCAUGAGCUUCAACGCACGCUCCGUCACGCCCGAGAUCAAGAACAGCGUCCAGGCGCUGUUGCGUACCAACGGCGCUUCUUUUGACAUGAAGAACGCAAAGCGUGCGUCUGCUGCCGCGGCGCCCCUGGCGGCCUGGGUGCAAGCAAACGUCCAGUACGCCGACGUUCUGCACAAGAUCGGCCCCUUGGAAGCGGAACAGGGAGAGCUGCAGCGGAAGCUUUCGGGCGCCGAGCAACGCCUGGGCAAGCUCGGCUCGGCGCUGGCCGGCGUCGACGAGCGGGUGUCCGAGCUGCGCGAGCGGCUGGGCGCCUGCACCCGGGAGGCUGCCCGCAUCGAGAUGGGGCUGCGCGAAUCGGACGCCCGGCUGGCCGCGGCCCAAGACCUGCUCGCGCAGCUGGAGGGUGAGCACGCGCGCUGGUCACGGCGCCUGGGCGCCUUGGAGGCCCAGCCGCUGGCCCAGCGCUGCCUGCUGGCCUCGGCGUGCGCCGCCUACCUGGGUGCGCUGCCGGCGGCGAGGGAGGAGGCCCGUUCGAAGCUGCUGCACCGCUGGCGCCGGCUGCUGCCCGAGCUGCAGCAGCAGGGCGUGCCGGGCGAGCUGGCGCAACUCCUUAGCUCUGAGAAGGAGCAGCUUGCCUGGAGGGCCCAAGGCCUGCCCCCCGAUCGACUGUCGAUUGAGAAUGCCGCCUUACUGCUCUUGCCCCUGCCCCAGCGGCCAUUCAUCAUUGACCCGUCGGGACAGGCCAGUCGCUGGCUCCAAAGCCACCUCAAGGACCCACAACUGAUCACACAACAGGACCCGACGUUCUUAGCAACCCUGGAGCUGUCCGUCCGACUAGGUAAGGCGCUGCUCGUACAAGACGUGCAGCAGCUCGACCCCAUCCUGUAUCCGCUGCUAAGGAGAGACCUCAUUACUCAGGGCUCGCGGCAGGUGGUGCACAUUGCGGACAAGGCAGUAGACUACAGCGACGAGUUUCGCCUGUUCCUCCUGAGUCAGGACGCCGAGGCCACGCUGCCGCCGUAUGCGGCGACGCUAGUGCGCACAAUCGACUUCAGUACCACCGAGGCAGGGCUCUGCGACCAAUUGCUGCAGGUGGCGCUGCAGGAGGAGAGGCCCGAACUGGAGGAGCGUCGCCAAGCCCUGCUCCACGAGGCGGACACACUGCGGCUGCAGCUGUCCGAUCUUGACACGCGCCUCUUGGAUCUCCUCCUGUCGGGAGACUUCCUGCACAACCAGGAGCUUCGCCAGGCACUGCAGUAUCCGCGCAUGUCGCACUGUUCGUCACGGAUGCAGUGGCUCCAGCGUGGGAAAUCGCACGGUGAUGAGCGGCAUCAUAUAUUGACAGGAAGAGCGCGCACAAACGCCUUCCCUCGUUUCCUCCCGCAGGAGGCCAAAGCUAGCGGGGCGCGCGCGGAGACGUCCCUGGCCGAGGCACAGAGGCUGCAGGCGUCGCUGGAGAAAGAGCGGGCCGUGUACGAGCCCGCCGCGAGGCUCGGAGCACGCCUCGUGGGCCUGCUCGAUCCCAUGGCGCGACUGGGACAUACAUACCGAUGGGGCAUGGCCGGACUGGUUGACCUCUUUCGGCGAGCAUUGCGACAACAGGGCACUAAUGGCAAGAAGAAGGAUCUGAAGCUGGUGGAGCGCACGUUGAUACACCUUGUCUACGAGCAUGCUGCGCGGUCCCUGUUUAAGAAGGACCACCUGACAUUUGCCCUGCAUCUGAUCCACGGUCUGCGUCCUGACCUCUUCAGAGAGAACGAAUGGGAAUCGCUCACGGGCACUCUGGUGAAGGACACCGCACAGCACAUCGAGCAGCGGCCCAGCUGGCUGAUCGAGGACCGGUCGGCCGCCCUGUCUCAGCUCAAGGCCACGCUGGGCCCCGAGCUGUGGUCCGCGCUACGUCUGGAAGAGGCCUCUCUGUGGCAACCGUUCGCCCGGAGUGGCCACUGCGAGGAGCAACUGCCCGAGCACGCAACGCGGUGUUUGAGCCCGUUCCAGCAGGCCCUGUUGGUGCAGUGCCUCCGGCCCGACCGGGCGCUCUCAGCGCUGGGCCGCUUCGCCUGCCGCGCUCUCGGACUGCAUGGCCUGAAUCCCGGCGCUGUGCCCUUACAACGACUGCUGCAAGACGACGGGCGUCCUCUAUUGCUAGUCACGGCUCCUGGAGCGGACCCUGGUCAAGAACUACGCGAUGCCGCUCAGGGGCGACUACAACAGGUAUUUCUUGGCCGAGGAGCGCAGCAGCAGCAGGCGGCCCAGGAUGCGCUGAGACGUUACUCCCAGACAAACACGUGGUUGUGGCUGGCCAAUCUCCAUCUGGCCACGCAGUGGCUACCUUUCCUGGCACAGGAGUUGGCACGACUGGAAAGGCACCCGGAGUUCCGGCUCUGUCUGAGCACCGAGCCGCACCCUGCCAUCCCGAGCGCGCUGCUGAAGGCCUGCCUCACCGUCGUGUACGAGCCGCCAGCCGGAGUGCGCAGGAGUAUGCGGCGUACGUACGAUGCCUGGGGCCCCUCUGCGCUGAACGGCGCCAGCCUCCUGUGCGCGCAGGCCCUUUUCGCGCUCGCCUGGCUGCAUGCAAUCCUGCAGGAGCGGCUGUCGUACGUGCCCCAGGGCUGGACCAAGCGCUACGAGUUCAGCGAGGCUGACCUACGCGCUGGAACGGACGCCGUGCGGAGACUUUGUGGCCGCAGUGGCGGCGGUAGCGGCAGCGGGCCUGGUCCUUGGGAGACCUUGCGGGGCCUAUUCGAGCUGUCCGUGUACGGGUCGCACCUGGACAACACGUUCGACCGGCGGGUGCUGGGUGCCUACGUGCGCCAGUGUUUCGACCAGAGCACGCUGCCCGGCAGCGAUCGCAAAGAGCCGGCCCCCUUGGCACAGGGAGUCCGCGUGCCCACGUCAACCAGCCUCCAGGCGCACCUACAGCUUAUCGAGAAACUGCCGGACGAAGAUCCCGGUGGCUACCUAGGAUUGGCGGCCAACGUGGAGGGAUCGGUACAGCGACUCGGUGCCUUGUCCCUGGUUGCCGAGCUGCGUCGACUGCAGGUUGGCGCGGGCGGCUCUCGGCAGGCUGCCGGAGCCGAUCAGCUGGCGCCGCUGCUCAGCCUCUGGAAGAGCUUGCACCAGGGCGGUGUGCAGGCGCCGCCGGCUGGUGAAGGCGACGAAGAGGAGGAAGACGCCGUGGCCAGUUUCCUGCGCCAGGAACGUGCGCACGCGGCCAAGCUGGUGCACGAGGUGCACUCGACCCUGGCCGCCGUGAGCCGGGCGCUGCGUCACGCGAGCUGCUCGCUGCCGGAAGCCGCUUCGGCGCUGACCAACCACACGGUUCCCGACGCAUGGCUGUCCCUGUGGUCGGGAGGCCGGCAGUGGGUGCCCGAGGCAUACCUCCGGGCCGUGGCGGGUCGUGCACAUGCCUUGGCCCAGUGGUGCUUUGGACAAGGCCAGCAGCUGCAUCUGGGCCAGCUGCUGCGACCAGGGGCCUUCCUCAGCGCUUGGCGUCAGCAGACAGCUCGGCAAACGGGCUUGGCUGUGGACGAGCUUCAGCUGGAGGCAUGGUGGGAGGCAGGAGAGGACAGGCCCCCCCUCUGGGCAACCCUGGUGGGUCUGCAGUGCGAGGGGGGCCUCCUGGAGGACACACGACUUCGGCCCUGCCGUCCCGGCGCCCCCAGUCUACUACCUGUGCCCCCCUGCUCCGCCGCAUGGAUGCGCAAGGGCACCAGGAAGCGUUCUGGAGGCUCAGUGGCAAGCCUGGCUGUGUACACCAACACAGAGAGGCAGGAGCUGGUUGCCAGCUUGUCCGUGCCUUGUGAAGGCAGCCCACAACAGUGGCUGCUCAGUGGCACUGCUCUUUUCCUUUCCACACUAGACUAGGAAAACCAAUGCUCAGAUGAAAAACAAUGAACUCCUUAUUUUGAAAAUGUGAAAUAAAUGUUAUUUA